CCCAUGAACAAAUGAAUGGAUAGUGUCAUCAUGAUGGCCCUCCUACCCUCGGCUCCUCCUCCUCCCCCACCUCCCCCCCUCCUCUCACCAGCAAACCGCAGUCUCCAUCCUUCCUCAAAUGACACUCUCAUAAUGCUAACAUGCAGCCAGUCACCAUACCAUCUCUCUUCCCUCCUCAAAAACAACGCAACCGUCCCAAAUCUUUGCCUAGCAAAGACGACAAUAACAACGACAACAUCAAAAGACAGUGGUCUUCUCUUCCGACAAAAACUAACUUACCUCACAAACCUUAAAAUAAACACUCAAAAAGCUCUCACUCUAAACCCAAACAUCCGUUCCACUCCUCUCUCUACUCUCCUCUCGAUUGAAAACUGCCUCUCCUCCAUGGGCUUCCACCGUUCCUCCAUUGGCCGCAUCCUUGACAUGCACCCUUGCCUCCUCACCUCUGACCCCCACCUCCACCUCCACCCCACCUUCGAUUUCCUCUUAAAUGAAGUCGAAAUCCCAUUUCCUGAUAUCUCCAGGUCAAUCAAUCGCUGUCCCAGAUUGUUAGUUUCCAGCGUGUCUAAUCAAUUAAGGCCUGCUUUUGUUUUUCUAAAAGAGUUGGGCUUUGUGGGUCCACGUAAGUUAAACUAUCAAACUACUUUGUUGCUUGUUUAUAACGUGGAGAGAAGUUUGAUGGGUAAGAUUGAGUUUUUGAUGGGGUUGGGGUUUGAGUUUGUCGAGGUUAAAAAUAUGGUUGUGAGGGCUCCUGGGAUUUUGACUCUCAGUGUGGAGAGGAACAUGAAGCCUAAAUUUGAAUACUUUGUGAGAGAAAUGAAGGGGGAUUUAGGGGAAUUGAAGAAGUUUCCGCAAUUUUUCUCGUUUAGUUUGGAGAGGAAGAUUAAGCCUAGGCAUGGAAUGUUGGUGGAGUAUGGGUUGAAGAUGCCAUUGUCGAGAAUGUUAAAGGUUAAUGACGGGGAAUUCAACGCUAGAUUGUUUGAAAUGCGGCUGAGAAUGGUUGAGGAGAGUUAACUUGAUCGGAUAUAAUCAACAAUCAGCUAUCCAACUUAUGUUGCUUUGGUGAAGACUUUGAAGGUAUUAAACCACGUCCAGUGUCCUAUUCUGUUUCCUAUUGCUCUUGGAUUUACAUAAUUCUGGCUUUUAUGGUCUUGAUCUCUAUUGCUGACCAUUUAGUCUCUUUAUUCAAUUUCUGAGCCUUCUGUAAGAGAUCACGAAUAGAAAACUGGGAAUUAUGGCGCUGCUGCAUUUGGUUCAAACAUUAUUGCUAUUUGACAUGAAUAAGUAUUUGACACUGAAUUUCUUUGACUAACGAUCCUUUGUUUUGACCUACUGCACCAUUUCAUGUUGUUGGUAAGAAAUUAAGGUUCAGAAAGAUUAACUGAUUGCCGUCAUAAUCAUCUGGUGUUUUGAAAUUGCUUUACAGGCUGUUCAAUGGAUGCCAAGAAUGGCAUAUCUUGGACACUGUGCCUUGUUGGUGGGGCCUCUGCAUUGCAGCAGUUUAAAGUCACAUGGUUUUCUGUAGAAAUUCUGUCCUUGUUAUUCUUCUAUUUCUCUCUGGGCAAUCACUAUACAUGAACUCUAUGUCGAUCGUCUUAUUAUGUAACAUUGACCCACAUCUUGGCAUCCACGAAAAUUUGUUUUCGUAUCUCUUGGUAUCCUUGAAAACUUGUUCUCUUUUAUCCAAAGAGAAUCUUGUAUUGUCAAGUCUUACUCAAUUAUGUUUGAGCAGGUGCAAAGAUGAAAAUAAAGGAGAAUAACGCAUUCUGUGCUUGGCAGGCCUCCUCUUCCUUCCUGAUCAAGUGUUAAUAUGUUGUGGGACCUAAAUACUGGGAGCAUUGCUGAAGUUCUAUUCAGUUUGAAUACAGGCUCAAAAUCUUGAUAUCCAUCCUCGGUAAUUAGAUGGUUGAGGGAGGAGCUUAUGCAUGACAGCAUGGGGACAUCGAUCGCACUACAGGUGACUGAUAAAGCUGCACAGUUAUCUUAAAGUAAGCAAAUACCCUGUCUAUGAAUACAGUUCCAGUGGAUGCAUGUUAGCCAAGAUGAAAGAGGUUACCUAUAAGCUAUAUCCCAACAUGGGCUAGCCAAUAGAGGUGGAAAGGAUAGACAUACGGAGGAAGCUUUGUGAAUUUACCAAACUGUUGCAAUUAAGCACCGCGAAGGGUGUUUAAGCAACUGACUGCUUUGGAUGCAAUGUGGCAGAAAGCUGCUGCUUGCAAUUCCAUCUGUAGGUUCUGAUAUAUUUCAUCAUGUGAUAACAAGUUAUUAGACAAGGGGCUGGAAUUCCUUCAGGAUGUUUGGCAGUGAAAAAUGGUCCAAUGUGUUUGGACAUACAGAGAACUAUACAUAUCUCAUUUCAUUGCAUAAACUAAUUAAAUAAUUGAAUUUUGUUCCAGUACAAACUACAAAGGUUUUCCACCUUCGUUUAA